UCGUCCUCCAGAUUCUCCACACACCUACUCCCAACAGCAUCCAUCAGACAUCGGAGCGUAUCAUUAAAGUCUGGCAACAAUAUCCCACCCCAGGUUCCACUUCUGCAAAUGCGCAUUUACGCCUUUUAUUUCUCAGUCCCCUCCUCUCUUCAUUGCAAAAUAUACGCUUAAUCUUUUGCUUUUAUCUCCAAAUCUCUCCCUCCCCUCCUCUCUCCCUCUCCCUCAAAAACUUACUAUAAGGGCAAAAGCUGAGUCGUUCCCUCCACGGGCUUACUGAACAUGCAUGCAUUUGGAAACCCAGAAGAGGAAAUGCAGUAUUUUCAAAGUUACCAUGAGUUUGGAAGCUGUUCCAACCAAAACAAUGGCCUUGAUGAAGGACCCCAAUCACAGGAUGCUAUGAACGAUGGGAAUUCAAACUUGGAAACAGAAGCAAGAGCAAUGGAAGCCCGGGAUAAACACAGAGUCGCGGAGAGAGAUCGCAGAAAGCGAACCAAUUGCCACUACUCCACUCUUCGCAAUCUUCUUCCCAACGCAACCAAACUCCCCAAGGCGUCGGUGCUUGCGAGGGUCAUCCGGCGCGUGACGGAACUGAGGGAGGCUGCAGCGGAGCUGUGGACGCGUGACGACGGCGAUGGCACGGAGGAGUUUCUGUUUCCGGGUGAGACGAACGAGUUAAGGCUGGGGCGCUGUGAAGGUGAAGGGGAAGGUGAGGUUGAGGGUGAGGGUGGAGUGGUGAAGGCGAUGUUGAACUGUGAAGAUAGGGUGGAGCUUCUGUCGGAGGUGUCAACGGCGGUGAGGUCCGUCGGAGGGAGGGUGGUGAGAGCUGAGAUGGUGACGGUGGGUGGGUGGACCAAGUGCCUUUUGUGGGUCCAUGGGCUUGGACAAGAUGGGCUUGAAGCCCUGCGUAGAGCCCUGAAGGUGGUGGUGGACAGGCCCAGUUUCUUCUGUGGGUCGGGCCGCGGUUUCCGAGGGAACAAGCGGAUCCGGUUCUCUCAAUGAUUCGGUGAUGGAAUGGGUCUGAGGGGGUGAAUGGGUUUAUUGUUGCUUUGACAUUUUACAUCACCAAACAGAAAGUUCCAAUUGAGAUACAAAAGAAUGUUUCACUUCUAAAUUUUCAAAUUCCAUGAAAUUUUGUUUAUUGUCCAUCCAGCAAU